AAGGGUGCCCCUGAUUUGCUGCUCGGAGCAUGAAUGCAGACGGGAGAAAGCGAGACGUGCUAGGACCCAGAGGCUUGCAAAAUCCAAGCGAGUCAUCUUUUCGUCUGGAUCCCAGAGGUUUAGCAGCAGCUUCUGGUGGUGGGAUGUGUGCAAGUGAAGCUGGUACCAGCCCAGAGGAGAGCUCCUUUCCUGGUGAAAUCUAGAAUUGGAUCGAGGGCGCAUCGGAAGAUCAAGAAGGCCUCUGAGAGCAGGGCUGCUGGCCUGUGUGCCUACCGUCUUGUUGCGAUGCUUGAAUAAAAGGAGCAAGCACACAGGCUGCAUGAUGGAAGGAUGGUCUGGCAACUGGGGCUGGCAGCACCUCAUGGCUCCCCACGAAGGAGAAGACCCUCCCAACCAUGCUCCCGACUUUGUUCAUGUGAGACAUCCUGCCUUGGCAUCCAAGUUACGCUGAUCGAGGCUCCAACCUAAGGCCAGGACGGCGACAUGAAAAACGACAAGGGCCAGCGCGCAGUUGUCUUUGUGGUUCUGUUUGGGCUGGUCAUGCUGCUGAUCAUCUACAAUGGCAGGAGCGAAGUCUUCCACUACACUGCGGUGAAAGUGAAGCCCCCGCUGCCUUCUAGCCUCAAAAAAUGGGGGGUGAAGAACGGGUACCUGCCAGUCUCUGGAAACAAGACUUUGGAUCAUCACUGCAGCCAAUGCGUGAUCGUCACCAGUUCCAGUCACCUGCUGGGGAGCAAGCUGGGAGCAGCAAUCGACCAGUCGGAGUGCACAAUUCGCAUGAACGAUGCUCCCACGACUGCCUACGAAGCGGAUGUUGGUAACAAGACGACCUUCAGGGUGGUGGCCCAUUCAAGUAUCUUCCGGGUCCUGAAGAGACCACAGGAGUUUGUCAACAAGACUCCGGACACCAUUUUAAUCUUUUGGGGGCCACCAGUCAGGAUGCAGAAGAGCUUGCUGAAGGUCAUCCAGCGCGUCAGCGUGUCAUUCCCCAACAUGACGGCCUUCGUAGCUUCCCCCAGGCGCAUGAAACAGUUUGAUGACUUGUUCAAAAAAGAGACAGGGAAGGACAGAGUGACGUCACGGUCAUGGCUGAGCACCGGCUGGUUCACCAUGGUGAUUGGCGUUGAGCUGUGUGACAAGAUCCACGUCUAUGGGAUGGUCCCUCCCAACUACUGCAUCAGGAAGCCUCCGCCCCACAAGUUGCCCUACCACUACUAUGAGCCGAAGGGUCCGGAUGAAUGUGCCACCUACAUCCACAACGAGCAAAGUCGGAAGGGCCACCACCACCGGUUCAUCACUGAGAAGCGGGUCUUUGCCAAGUGGGCGAGUCUCUACAACAUCACCUUCUCCCACCCGAACUGGGACUGAAGCCCCCCGUGGGGUGGGGCAGAGGAGAAACCACACAAGUGCCAAACCCAUGGACUUGCGGGGCAGUGGGGAGGAGCUUCUGGGGCACACGGCCCUCUCCACAACAGGAGGAGGGAAAGGGAUGCCCUUGGUGUGAAGAUAGCUCAAGGGCCAACGUUGCUCCUAGCCCCAGGCCUUCCGUGUGCCAGGCCGCCAGGCCGCUCAGCUGCUGUUUUAAAUUUCCCACAAUGCCCUUGGGCAUUAUGCAUUGUAUGACUCUGCUCCCCCUCCUCCCUUAAUGACAGCUCACCCAGGGAAGCCCAUGGUUUGAAAGCCCACCAGAGGGCUUGUAUUAGCACAUAAAACGACCCCUGUCGGAUCAGGAUGAGAUCUCAGCACCUUGUAUCUGCCAACCAGGUACUUCCGAGAAGCCUACAAAGAAGGGUGUGAAGGUGGCAGCCCUCCGCUGUGUUUUGCCUCCUGCUUGGAGUGGGGAUACAAAGGUAGACUUCCUUUGUACAUGGAGGUUCAGUUCUCAGCUGUCACGGUUAAGAGCUGUGGGCAGACCAUGAAUUUUACCUAGCCCUUUGUAACAGGGAUGGGCAACCUUUUUGAGAGGGUCAAGGACAGCACUCCCUUGUGGGAGGGAGAAGUGGUUGCGGUGGUUGGGAGGGGAACUAAAAUGCUGCUAACUUUUUAAUAGGGACUUUUCACUUUUACCAAAAAAAUAAUAAUAAUUGCAAGGCAAAUGUUGAAAUGUGGAGAACUGGAGACUGGAAAUAAUGAGAAAUUGAGAGAAACCAAAAUCAACCCUAGCAAACCCACAAGUACCUGCUAUGGCUCCUCUUUCCCCCACCCCCACAAACCUGCUAGCUCACCUUCCUACGCCAACUAUUUGCAUUACUAACAGAACAUCUUGCAAAUAGACCCAAGAGGGGAUGGAAAAAAGAGUGGCACGGGGUGGAACAGAUCGAAGAUUUUGUUUUUAUUCGAGGGAGGCAAGCCAUGUGCCAUUAGUCUGCUGUUUACUUAAGAAGCAUGUUUGUGUUUUGUUUAGAUUUUAUUAAGCUUGCAUCAGCUGGCCAAAAUGAGCCCAGCCAUAGGAGCCAACUCCUAGGGGCCGAGGUCUCUUCGGCCUUCCCUUAAGACAUUUGAUGGUGCUGGCAUUGCCAUUCAGAUGGUCUGUGUGCACUACAUCUUGUGAUCAAUUAUGCAGGGCAGAGCUUACCUGCCCCCCCCCCCCGUUUUAUUCAAGUUGGCACCCCUGAGCCCAGCCCUUUGAGAGGGAGGAAAGUAAAAUGGAGAGAGCAAAGGUAGCCUCAGCUCAGUCCAGUGGUGCCUGGCGCCCAGGUGGGCAAAAGGCAGGUAGCCCAACAGAAGGGGGAAUCAGAGCUAAUGACUGGCAGAGCCAACUCAUUCUAGUUCUGCAAGGGCAACAUAGAGCCUAGAGAGAAAGAAGCUGAAUGGAGCAGCCACCCUCUGGGUAGUUGUAGGUAAGAAGGAAAGGAGAUGGGGUCUGGCUGGGGACAGGCAUGAGGUUGAUGGGGCAGUGCCCCUUUCACCCUGAUGGACCAGCCUCCACUCAUCUCAUCCCUUCCCAUUCACAUCCUUACUCUGCAACUACCCCGUCCCAGAAACCGUACACUCCUCCCCACACUCAUUUUUUCAUCUGGUGGUACAGCCCUCAUGUGGUAGCCCAGCCAUUGUGCACAACUGUAGUUUUUAAAAUAGUAUCCCUCCACAUAUGGGACGUGGGUGGCGCUGUGGGUUAAAAUACAGAACCUAGGACUUGCUGAUCCGAAG